AUGGGCCUUUUACUCUUACGAUCUACGCUCUCCAAAGACAGAUCUAGAGAUCGGAUAAACAACAACGGAGGCCACAACACAGCAAACGACCCUGCGAAGCUAAAAGUCUCACCUGAGACUGCUCAAGACUUCCACUUGGAAGGUCUUACGAAAGUUCAGUCUCCAAUGGCGAACUACAAAGGAAAAAACAUAGUUAUGGAGGACGACGAUGAACCGAUUCAGCUACCAGAGCAAGACAAUCUCAAUCUCAUCCAGGAGUAUGGAUUGUCGCUCAUUGGAAGGGUUCUAAAUCCCAAGAAACAAGAUGUCGAAAAGCUGAUUGGCUUUAUGCCUCAACAUUGGGGCUUAGAAGACAGAAUCACCGCCAUGGAUCUGGUCCGAUGGGAACCUAUAGUUCAUGAUGAUUACCCAUGGGAGAUGACCUUCUGGACACAGCUCUCGGGUAUUCCACUACAUCUAUGGACCGAGACCAACCUCAGGAGCAUUGGAGACAAGCUGGGGCACAUCCAUGAAGUCAAUGUGGAUGAAGGCAAACUACUACUCUCCAUUGACAGUAGAAAGCCCCUGAAAUUCACAAGAAAGAUCCGAUGCCAUAACGGAGACGAAGCUACAAUACAGAUCAAGUACGACAGGCUGUUCAAAUUCUGCUCACAUUGUGGAUUCAUGACACAUGAGGUCCAGUCUUGUCCUAUUAAGGAAGAAGAAAUCAAUGCUCAGAGACAGUCUACCCGCCAAGGAAUUUUCUCUCGACUUCAAGCUGGACCGAGCCAGACCAAUACACACAGCGAACGCCAUCUGGAACGUCAAGAAGAACGCCACAGUGAACGCAACAAAGGAACGCCAAGGUCAAGCUACAAUGAAGAGGAACGAAUCCCUAACAGAAACAUGUUGGUGCGACAGGCAAACCGAAGCUCCUCAUACCCCAAGGACAAUGGACGACGGGAGGAGUUAGUCCACAGAUCGAGACACUCUUCAAGAGAGAAUCGGGGAGGCACCUCUUACCAUAGAGAGUCAAACCACAGGGGUACAUAUCCCAAGGAUAACCGCUUGUCACACGGAGUUCCUUACCGUCGUAAGGAACAAGAAGACCAUCGAUCCUCGUGGAUCAAACGCAAUCAAACAAGACCAGAGGAAAACCGUGAAGGGAUAAUCAAGGAAGGACAUCAGAUCGAGGAAAAAAGGCCAGAACAGAUAAGGAACCCCAAGGAGAAAAGGCACAACCUCUUAAGAGCCACCUUUCCAAAGCGCCACCCAUCGUGA